AACACCCGCCUAACAUCAUUAGCCAGCAAGCUAGGCUAACUAACGUUAGCUAGCUAGUUUUGGGGGCCAUUGCGCCUCCUAAUUUGUUCAGCCGUUAUCUGUUUUCCUUUUGUUGCCUGGACUGUCCAGCUUCUCAUUGUCGUGUUUUCAUUGAACGGAGGAGCUUAGGGGACCGGAGCUGUGGGGGGCCCGCGGACAAACCCCCUGGGCGUCCAGGCGGACGGAACACGUAGACACACGGGCCGUGGGUGAGUUUACACUGAGCGAGUUUAUAGCGAGGGAAGCGGAUGGGCAAGGCCGUGGACCCAUGGUCAGGCAGGGCCCCGACAACAGGGAGGGGAGUGGACCAUUAGUUAAAUAGCUAACUAUGAUGCCUGUUAGGCAACUAAAUAAUUUUCCUAUGUGUUGAAUCGUGAAGUUGUGUGGCUUUGAAUGAGGCCUCGAGAGGAUAUGAAAACACAAUCGUUCGUUUUUAGGUAGCUAGCUAGGUAGUUAGCGUGUUGGCUAACGCGAGUUAGUAAACCAACCUGCUUAACGUUAGAUUAGCGAAAUAUAACUAUAAUGUUGUCCGAAAUCUUGGUACAAGAAAUAAGGUACUGUAUCGGUGGUUGCUAGCGAAUGUAAUUUUGGCUGACUUUGUUGUAUGCACUUGAUAGUGUUUAUGUGGCCACACCUGAGUUGAUCGUUGGGGCCAGGCAGUCUUUUGACUGAAUGUGUUCUACAAUGCAUUUGAAUUGUAGGCAUGUCAUUGUCAACAUCUAGCUCUGUAGAUUGUUAGUGGAUUUUGAGUGUUCGGUGACACUGGAUAGAUAUUGGGCAGAAAUGGACAGUGGGUUUGGGUGGAGUAAAUAACACAGGUCAAAUCAUCAUAUUCAAAAACAUUAAGUGAAACCUCAGAUAGACAUGCAUCAUUCUACUUACAACUGUAUUUUUACUGUAUUGUGGAGAUAGUGCUUGUUGAAAAUACCCCAAUGGGCAAUAAUUGGAAAAAUCCAUCUCCAUUAACUAAAUAUCAUAAAGAAGACAUAGAGUAGGAGCUAGGUGUGUAAUGAAUGGCCAAUGUCCUGCUUCAGAUAUAGGGAACUGUGUUUGUUUAUUUUUAGCUGGUUUUCAUGGUCUGUUAUUAGAAUCUUCCCCACUGUUCAAAACUACAAUUCCCCCAGUAUAUUAGCCAAUAAAGCUUUGGGCAUUAGCCUAUCUCUCAAAGAAUGUCCAUGAUUUCAAAAUAUACAGCCAACUUCUUCAUUUAUAAUUCUGUGGCAGCAAUAACUUUUUUGUUGUUGUUGUGAAAAACUUGUCUGAAAAGGGUGGGGCUGGGACUGAUGGUCUCAAUAUUAUUUAUUAUCAUCAGUCCAUGAUAAUUUACUCUAAUACACUAUGGAAAUGUGGAAAGGUUGUUUCCCAAUUUAACAGCCAUCCAUGUGAUCAUGAAUAUGAGUUCUGUGGAUAACUUUGUGGUUUUUCAUAAAACCUUUCUGGCUUCUCUCUUUCCAUCUGUCAAGGAGUAAAUAAGGAGGAGCCAUGGCCGAAAUCUCCGCCCUAAUCCCAUCACCUCCAGCUAUAGGUGACACACAUGCUGCCCCCUCCUUCCCCAUACCCUCUACUGCCCCCCCUCCUCCCAGCAGCACCGCCCCAGAGCCCCCUAAGGAGAGCCCCAUCCCCAAGUCCUCUCUGUACGGUGACAAAGCUUCUCUGACAUUAACUGUACCAGGAGAGACGCUCCCUUCUCACCCGUCUCCCAAGAGAGGGGGGAGAGGACCUCCCCCGAGUCCCCCCAAACGCGUCUCAUCAGCGUUAACUCCAGAGACUCCAGUGCCCCCACCUCUAAUACCCCCAGAGAGCCCUGCUCCCCUGCCUGAAGUUACUUCAGACAGUCCUGCCCCCUUACCUGUAGUAGCCCUAGAUACUCCUGCCAUCCCACCUGUAGAUGUAGCAUUGCGGCAGAGUGAGGGAAUGAAGGAGACAGACAUGGCGGCAGGGGCCAGCCCAGUGUUGGCUGUAAAGCAGGAAGUGAGUAACCCAGGGGGCAAGGAGCUGUUAAAUGCCCCCUCAGAGGGCCCUGCACAGGCCCACAGUGAGCAAGAGGUACAGGGGGUAACACAGCAGACUACCAGCCACUUCUCUGAUCUUAAUCUCCCACCUAAUCUCUACCCCAGAGUUCAUGUCACUGUGAACACUAAUCCUGCUACUGAUUAUGCUCAGCCUCAGUCUAUAGUGGACACUCCCCCUCCUCCUCCUGCCCCCACUUACACUCCCCCUCCUCCAGACUCCACCCAAACAGCAGCAGCUGCAGCCCCUGAAGCACAAAAUCCUCAGCCACCAGAAGAAAGCCAUAACCCUCACCCUAACCCUCAACCCCCUCCCAAACUGGACACCCCCAGCCUGUCUCCCAUACCUGAGACCUCCAGCCAAUCUCCCAGAAGGGCAGAGCUACCCAGCACCCCCUCCAGAGCAGGGCACCCCAGUCCUCCAGUGAUCCAGGAGCCUGUCUCCCUCUCCCUGCCCUACCCCAGAGCCCCAGCUCCAGACACCCUCAGCUACCUGGAGUCAGCCAGCAUGAUGUCAGGGACCCUGGAGUCUCUGUCUGGCCUGGGGGAGGAUGGAAGCUCUAUCGGGUCCGACUCCGAGAUCAACGGCCUGGCUGUCAGACGCACUGACAAAUAUGGCUUCCUCGGCGGGACCCAGUACAGCGAGGGCAGGUGGGCAUGGUAAAACAAAAACACACCCUCACUCUAUGCACACACAGAUGUAAAAUACAUGUCUAUUGUGUCUUCACUCUGGCUGUAGAUGGCAAUUACUCUGGUUUGUUCUGUCUCUUUUAAUCAAAUCAGUUUUUAUUUCUCACAUGAGCCGAAUACAACAGGUGUAGACUUUACCGUGAAAUGCUUACUUUCUAGCCCUUAACCAACAAUGCAGAGUAAAAAAAAAAAAAAGUAAGAAACAUUUGCUAAAUAAACUAAAGGAAAAAUAGUAACACAAUAAAAUAACUAUAAUGAGGCUAUAUACAAGGGGUACCGGUACCAAGUCAAUGUGCAGGGGUACGAGGUAGUUGAGGUAAUUGAGGGAAUACAGUGGGGAAAAAGUAUUUAGUCAGCCACCAAUUGUGCAAGUUCUCCCACUUAAAAAGAUGAGGCCUGUAAUUUUCAUCAUAGGUACACGUCAACCAUGACAGACAAAAUGAGAAGAAAAAAUCCAGAAAAUCACAUUGUAGGAUUUUUAAUUAAUUUAUUUGCAAAUUAUGGUGGAAAAUAAGUAUUUGGUCAAUAACAAAAGUUUCUCAAUACUUUGUUAUAUACCCUUUGUUGGCAAUGACACAGGUCAAACGUUUUCUGUAAGUCUUCACAAGGUUUUCACACACUGUUGCUGGUAUUUUGGCCCAUUCCUCCAUGCAGCUCUCCUCUAGAGCAGUGAUGUUUUGGGGCUGUCGCUGGGCAACAGACUUUCAACUCCCUCCAAAGAUUUUCUAUGGGGUUGAGAUCUGGAGACUGGCUAGGCCACUCCAGGACCUUGAAAUGCUUCUUACGAAGCCACUCCUUCGUUGCCCGGGCGGUGUGUUUGGGAUCAUUGUCAUGCUGAAAGACCCAGCCACGUUUCAUCUUCAAUGCCCUUGCUGAUGGAAGGAGGUUUUCACUCAAAAUCUCACGAUACAUGGCCCCAUUCAUUCUUUCCUUUACACGGAUCAGUCGUCCUGGUCCCUUUGCAGAAAAACAGCCCCAAAGCAUGAUGUUUCCACCCCCAUGCUUCACAGUAGGUAUGGUGUUCUUUGGAUGCAACUCAGCAUUCUUUGUCCUCCAAACACGACGAGUUGAGUUUAUACCAAAAAGUUCUAUUUUGGUUUAAUCUGAUCAUAUGACAUUCUCCCAAUCCUCUUCUGGAUCAUCCAAAUGCACUCUAGCAAACUUCAGACGGACCUGGACAUGUACUGGCUUAAGCAGGGGGACACGUCUGGCACUGCAGGAUUUGAGUCCCUGGCGGCGUAGUGUGUUACUGAUGGUAGGCUUUGUUACUUUGGUCCCAGCUCUCUGCAGGUCAUUCACUAGGUCCCCCCGUGUGGUUCUGGGAUUUUUGCUCACCGUUCUUGUGAUCAUUUUGACCCCACGGGGUGAGAUCUUGCGAGAUUACCAGAUCGAGGGAGAUUAUCAGUGGUCUUGUAUGUCUUCCAUUUCCUAAUAAUUGCUCCCACAGUUGAUUUCUUCAAACCAAGCUGCUUACCUAUUGCAGAUUCAGUCUUCCCAGCCUGGUGCAGGUCCACAAUUUUGUUUCUGGUGUCCUUUGACAGCUCUUUGGUCUUGGCCAUAGUGGAGUUUGGAGUGUGACUGUUUGAGGUUGUGGACAGGUGUCUUUUUUACUGAUAACAAGUUCAAACAGGUGCCAUUAAUACAGGUAACGAGUGGAGGACAGAGGAGCCUCUUAAAGAGGAAGUUACAGGUCUGUGAGAGCCAGAAAUCUUGCUUGUUUGUAGGUGACCAAAUACUUAUUUUCCACCAUAAUUUGCAAGUAAAUUAAUUAAAAAUCCUACAAUUUGAUUUUCUGGAUUUUUUUUUCUCAUUUUGUCUGUCAUAGUUGACGUGUACCUAUGAUGAAAAUUACAGGCCUCUCUCAUCUUUUUAAGUGGGAGAACUUGCACAAUUGGUGGCUGACUAAAUACUUUUUUCCCCCACUGUAUGUACAUGUAGGUAGGGGUAAAGUGACUAUGCAUAGAUAAUAAACAGAGAGUAGCAGCAGCAUAUGUGUGUGUGUGGCGUAAAUAUGCGUGUGUGUGUUGGAGUGUCAGUGUAAUAUGUGAGAGUGUGUGGUUAGAGUCCAGUGAGUGUACAUCGAGCCUGUGCAAGAGAGUCAGUGCAAAAAAGUAUCAUUAAAAAAAGGGGGUCAAUGCAAAUAGUCCGGGUAGCCAUUUGAUUAACUGUUCAGCAGUCUUAUGGCUUGGGGGUAGAAGCUGUUAAGAAGCCUUUUGGUCCCAGACUUGGCGCUCCGAUACCGCUUGCCGUGCCGUAGCAGAGAGAAGUCUAUUACUUAGGUGGCUGGAGUCUUUGAAAAUCAACCGUCUUUCCUGGCUUGGUCAUCUUCUCCGAGUCACCCAGCUUGCCCUAAGUGAUCUCUCCCUCCCCACCCUUUCUGUCCAGUCCUCCCUAUCUCCACUCUAAAUGUAUCGGUCUGUCCUUCAUCUCUUCUUAGUGUGACUCAGAUAGAUAGUGCUGAGAGUGCUUUUGUGACACAAUAUGUACUGACUGUGCCUCGCCCAGCCACCCAUUUCCCUCUCUCCUUCUAGAGAACGUAUCUUGCCCCUACCCUUGGACCGUCUCUCUAAGUGCACUUCCUCUUCUGUUUUAUGUUUUAUUGAUUUAGUUUGGUAUUGAUUAAGCCUGUUCCCCUUCAGUGUCAUUAUCAAAGGGUGUCUGUGUGUGAGAGAGUAGUGUAGGACAGAAAUAUUGUAAAUAUAAUAUAAAUCUGUAGAUGAGUAUUCCUAUUAAAGAAGCUCAGGUCGCACAGUUUCCAUUUAAAAUAACUCUUGCUCCUAUUUGGAAUCUACUGAAUGAACAUGACCCUGCCAGUCUUAGGAUAUCCAUAUUUAGAUAACCGUUUUUUUCUGGAUAAAAAAAUGUGCUUACGACUUCUCCAUGGUGCUGAGAGACAUUUUUGCUGUUUUAAAGCGAAUUCCCUGAAAUUCUGCACAUUUUGCCAUUGAGUGGAGAGAAAAUGUUGCAGUUUUAAAGCUGAUUUCCUGCUAAUCAUUCUACAUAUUCUGCCAUGGAGCUGAGAUAUAGCUAAUUUCCUGCAAAUAUAUGCAAUUUGCCAUUGCUAAUGCUGUGUUCUUUUGCUCAAACGUAACAACAACAUUUAUUGUUUUUGAAAUAGUUUUAGUGUUUAUUUUGGUGAUGUUAGUUCUCACAGAUUAUAUGAUUUAAAAAAAAUAUAGGUCCAUUAUCUUUUCUACAUACUUUGUAGCAGUAUUGUUAGAGAGGGGUAAAGAUAAAGAUGUUGUUCUGCGCCAGGCAGGUAGUAACCCUGCCAAAAGGAAAAGCGUAGGAUAGAUAGAGUACUGCUUCCAGACACACACACAUCAGCAGAAGAGACUGUCUAGAGUGUAGCCUGUUUGCCAGAUAGCCAGUGGAGAGAGAAAAGAUAAGACCCACCAUAUAAAACACGUCACAGCACAGGGGUAACCCAACCAAUAAUACCUCAUACAUUAAUAAUGGCAGGGCGAUUUAAAGGCAACUUCAUAGAAACAAUUGACAAGAAAGAACCAAGUCAUCAACAUUAGAGGAUUUGCAAUAUUCUGUAUUACCUCCCAGUGGAGAAGUGGGGGGGGGAUGAAUGUGUGUGUGUUCAUAGACAAUACAAAGAAGGCCUUAAAAUGUCCAAAAUCUUCUCUGCCAAAUGUAAAUAGUCCCACACAAAAUUAAUACAGUUCAAUAAACAAUAACUCACGCAAACUCCCUUUCACUAAAAUGUCACACCAAAUACGACUGGCAGGGGACUAAUAGUCCAACGACACUGAACAUCAAAAGGAGCGCAUAGGGAAAAAAGAAAGUCUGCUGCAGUGAAAAGCACUGGAGCGAUAGAGGGGGGUCUUAGCUGUUGACUUCAGGCUUGCAGUUGCACUGUCUGUCCAUCUGAUACACCUGUUGGUUUGUUUUUCAAAGAUUUGCAACAAUGUUGCUACUACUCCAUGCAAACAAUGACAGGAGCGGUCCCAAAAGAUUACAACCACGACCUAGAGCAGUAACACCGGCGAUUGACUUAAACACUUUACAACUAAGCACGCUGAAAAUUAACAAGACUUCUGCAGAGUUGCACACACUGUCAAACUGCCGCGCCAACCGAGAGCUCUCCACAGAGCGCUGGAAGAGCUGUCUUUAUUUCCUCCCUCCUGACUGCUGAUGCGCUCUUAAAGUGCACGGUGAAGGCUCCGUGCAGGAUUUUGCCCCCCAUGAAAAAACUCAGCCAAAAUAAAUGCUUCACAGAGUUCAAGUCACAGACACAUCUCAACGUCAACUGUUCAGAGGGGACUGUGUGAAGCAGGCCUUCAUGGUCGAAUUGCUGCAAAGAAACCACUACUAAAGGACACCAAUAAGAAGAAGAGACCUGCUUGGGCCAAGAAACAUGAGCAAUGGACAUUAGACCGGUGGAAAUGUGUGUCUUUGUGAGACGCGGUGUGGGUGAACGGAUGAUCUCUGCAUGUGUAUUUCCCACUGUAAAGCAUGGAGGAGGUGGUGAUGGAGGCUGUUUGUAAGGGCUAUUUGACCAAGAAGGAGAGUGAUGGAGUGCUGCAUCAGAUGACCUGGCCUCCACAAUCCCCCGACCUCAACCCAAUUGAGAUGGUUUGGGGUGAGUCGGAUGGCAGAGUGAAGGAAAAGCAGCCAACAAGUGCUAAGCAUAUGUGGGAACUCCUUCAAGACUGUUGGAAAAGCAUUCCAGGUGAAGCUGGUUGAGAGAAUGCCAAGAGUGUGCAAUGCUGUCAUCAAGGCAAAGGGCGGCUAUUUGAAGAAUCUCAAAUAUAAAAUAGACUUUGAUUUGUUUAACACUUUUUGGGUUACUACAUGAUUCCAAAUGUGUUAAUUCAUAGUUUUGAUGUCUUCACUAUUAUUCUACAAUGUAAAAAAUAAAUGCUAUGAAGCCCCUAAAUAAGAUCUGGUGCAACCAAUUACCUUCAAAGUCACAUAAUUAGUUAAAUAAAGUCCACCUGUGUGAAAUCUAAGUGUCACAUGAUCUGUCACAUGAUCUCAGUAUAUAUACACACCUGUUCUGAAAGGCCCCAGAGCCUGCAACACCACUAAGCAAGGGACACCACCAAGCAAGCAUCACCAUGAAGACCAAGGAGCUCUCCAAACACUUCAGGGACAAAGUUGUGGAGAAGUACAGAUCAGGGUUCGGUUAUAAUUUUUUUUAUCAGAAACUUUGAACAUCCUACAAAGCACCAUUAAAUCCAUUAUUAAAAAAUGGAAAGAAUAAUGCACCACAACAAACCUGCCAAGAGAGGGCCGCCCACCAAAACUCACGGACCAGGCAAGGAGGGCAUUACUCAAAGAGGCAACAAAGACACCAAAGAUAACCCUGAAGGAGCUGCAAAGCUCCACAGCGGAGAUUGGAGUAUCUGUCCGUAGGACCACUUUAAGCCGUACACUCCACAGAGCUGGGCUUUACGGAAGAGUGGCCAGAAAAAAGCCGUUGCUUAAAGAAAAAAAUAAGCAAAGAUGUUUGGUGUUCGCCAAAAGGCAUGUGGGAGACUCCCCAAACAUAUGGAAGAAGGUACUCUGGUCAGAUGAGACUAAAAUUUAGCUUUUUGGGGGGGAUUAAUUAUGCAUGCUCAAGUUCUGUUUUUUUGUCUUAUUUCUUGUUUGUUUCACAAUAAAAAAUAUUUUGUGUCUUCAAAGUGGUAGGCAUGUUGUGUAAAUCAAAUGAUACAAACCCCCCAAAAAUUAUUUUUAAUUCCAGGUUGUAAGGCAACAAAAUAGGAAAAAUGCCAAGGGGGUUGAAUACUUUUACAAGCCACUGUGUGUGUGUAUAUAUAUAUAUAUAUAUAUCUCAGUUGAAGUCGGAAGUUUACAUACACUUAGGUUGGAGUCAUUAAAACUCGUUUUUCAACCACUCCACAAAUUUCUUGUUAACAAACUAUAGUUUUGGCAAGUCGGUUAGUACAUCUAUUUUGGGCAUGACACAAGUCAUUUUUCCAACAAUUGUCUACAGACAGAUUAUUUCACCUAUAAUUCACUCUAUCACAAUUCAAGUGGGUCAGAAGUUUACAUACACUAAGUUGACUGUGCCUUUAAACAGCUUGGAAAAUUCCUGAAAAUGAUGUCAUGGCUUUAGAAGCUUCUGAUAGGCUAAUUGACAUCAUUUAAGUCAAUUGGAGGUGUACCUGUGGAUGUAUUUCAAGGCAUACCUUCAAAGUCAGUGCCUCUUUGCGUGACAUCAUGGGAAAAUCAAAAGAAAUCAGCCAAGACCUCAGAUAGAACAAUUGUAGACCUCCACAAGUCUGGUUCAUCCUUGGGAGCAAUUUCCAAACACCUGAAGGUACCACGUUCAUCUGUACAAACAAUAGUACGCAAGUAUAAACACCAUGAUGGGACCAUGCAGUCGUCAUACUGCUCAGGAAGGAGACGCGUUCUGUCUCCUAGAGAUGAACGUACUUUGGUGCAAAAAGUGCAAAUCAAUCCCAGAACAACAACAAAGGAUCUUGUGAAGAUGCUGGAGGAAACAGGUACAAAAGUAUCUACAGUGGGGAGAACAAGUAUUUGAUACACUGCCGAUUUUGCAGGUUUUCCUACUUACAAAGCAUGUAGAGGUCUGUAAUUUUUAUCAUAGGUACACUUCAACUGUGAGAGACGGAAUCUAAAACAAAAAUCCAGAAAAUCACAUUGUAUGAUUUUUAAGUUAUUAAUUUGCAUUUUAUUGCAUGACAUAAGUAUUUGAUACAUCAGAAAAGCAGAACUUAAUAUUUGGUACAGAAACCUUUGUUUGCAAUUACAGAGAUCAUACAUUUCCUGUAGGUCUUGACCAGGUUUGCACACACUGCAGCAGGGAUUUUGGCCCACUCCUCCAUACAGACCUCCUCAAGAUCCUUCAGGUUUCGGGGCUGUCGCUGGGCAAUACAGACUUUCAGCUCCCUCCAAAGAUUUUCUAUUGGGGUCAGGUCUGGAGAUUGGCUAGGCCACUCCAGGACCUUGAGAUGCUUCUUACGGAGCCACUCCUUAGUUGCCCUGGCUGUGUGUUUCGGGUCGUUGUCAUGCUGGAAGACCCAGCCACGACCCAUCUUCAAUGCUCUUACUGAGGGAAGGAGGUUGUUGGCCAAGAUCUCGCGAUACAUGGCCCCAUCCAUCCUCCCCUCAAUACGGUGCAGUCGUCCUGUCCCCUUUGCAGAAAAGCAUCCCCAAAGAAUGAUGUUUCCACCUCCAUGCAUCACGGUUGGGAUGGUGUUCUUGGGGUUGUACUCAUCCUUCUUCUUCCUCCAAACACGGCGAGUGGAGUUUAGACCAAAAAGCUCUAUUUUUGUCUCAUCAGACCACAUGACCUUCUCCCAUUCCUCCUCUGGAUCAUCCAGAUGGUCAUUGGCAAACUUCAGACGGGCCUGGACAUGCGCUGGCUUGAGCAGGGGGACCUUGCGUGCGCUGCAGGAUUUUAAUCCAUGACGGCGUAGUGUGUUACUAAUGGUUUUCUUUGAGACUGUGGUCCCAGCUCUCUUCAGGUCAUUGACCAGGUCCUGCCAUGUAGUUCUGGGCUGAUCCCUCACCUUCCUCAUGAUCACUGAUGCCCCACGAGGUGAGAUCUUGCAUGGAGCCCCAGACCGAGGGUGAUUGACCGUCAUCUUGAACUUCUUCCAUUUUCUAAUAAUUGCGCCAACAGUUGUUGCCUUCUCACCAAGCUGCUUGCCUAUUGUCCUGUAGCCCAUCCCAGUCUUGUGGUCUACAAUUUCAUCACUGAUGUCAUAACACAGCUCUCUGGUCUUGGCCAUUGUGGAGUGGUUGGAGUCUGUUUGAUUGAGUGUGUGGACAGGUGUCUUUUAUACAGGUAAUGAGUGGAGAACAGGAGGGCUUCUUAAAGAAAAACUAACAGCUCUGUGAGAGCUGGAAUUUUUACUGGUUGGUAGGUGAUCAAAUACUUAUGUCAAGCAAUAAAAUGCAAAUUAAUAACUUAAAAAUCAUACAAUGUGAUUUUCUGGAUUUUUGUUUUAGAUUCCGUCUCUCACAGUUGAAGUGUACCUAUGAUAAAAAUUACAGACCUCUACAUGCAUUGUAAGUAGCAAAACCUGCAAAAUCGGCAGUGUAUCAAAUACUUGUUCUCCCCACUGUAUAUCCACAGUAAAAAUGAGUCCUAUAUCGACAUAACCUGAAAGGCCGCUCAGCAAGGAAGAAGCCACUGCUCAAAAACCGCCAUUAAAAAAGCCAGACUACGGUUUGCAACUGCACAUGGGGACAAAGAUCGUACUUUUUGGAGAAAUGUCCUCUGGUCUGAUGAAACAAAAAUAGAACUGUUUGGCCAUAAUGACCAUCGUUAUGUUUGGAGGAAAAAGGGGGUUGCUUGCAAGCCGAAGAACACCAUCCCAACCGUGAAGCACGGGGGUGGCAGCAUCAUGCUGUGGGGGUGCUUUGCUGCAGGAGGGACUGGUGCACUUCACAAAAUAGAUGGCAUUAUGAGGAAGGAAAAUGAUGUGGAUAUAUUGAAGCAAGAGCUCAAGACAUCAGUCAGGAAGUUAAAGCUUGGUCGCAAAUGGGUCUUCCAAAUGGACAAUGACCCCAAGCAUACUUCCAAAAUGGCUUAAGGACAACAAAGUAAAGGUAUUGGAGUGGCCAUCACAAAGCCCUGACCUCAAUCCUAUAGAGAAUUUGUGGGCAGAACUGAAAAAGCAUGUGCUAGCAAGGAGGCCUACAAACCUGACUCAGUUACACCAGCUGUGUCAGGAGGAAUGGGCCAAAAUUCACCCAACUUUUUGUGGGAAGCUUGUGGAAGGCUACCCGAAACGUUUGACCCAAGUUAAACAAUUUAAAGGCAAUGCUACCAAAUACUAAUUGAGUGUAUGUAGUCUUCUGACCCACUGGGAAUGUGAUGAAUGAAAGAAAAGCUGAAAUAAAUCAUUCUCUCUACUAUUAUUCUGACAUUUCACAUUCUAAAAAUAAAGUGGUGAUCCUAACUGACCUAAAACAGGGACUUUUUACUAGGAUUAAAUGUCAGCAAUUGUGAAAAACUGAGUUUAAAUGUAUUUGGCUAAGGUCUAUGUAAACUUCCGACUUAAACUCUCUCUCUCUAUAUACAGUGAGGGGAAAAAAGUAUUUGAUCCCCUGCUGAUUUUGUACGUUUUCCCACUGACAAAGAAAUGAUCAGUGUAUAAUUUUAAUGGUAGGUUUAUUUGAACAGUGAGAGACAGAAUGACAACAAAAAAAUCCAGAAAGACCAUGUCAAAAAUGUUAUGAAUUGAUUUGCAUUUUAAUGAGGGAAACAAGUAUUUGACCCUCUGCAAAACAUGACUUAGUACUUGGUUGCAAAACCCUUGUUGGCAAUCACAGAGGUCAGAUGUUUCUUGUAGUUGGCCAUCAGGUUUGUACACAUCUCAGGAGGGAUUUUGUCCCACUCCUCUUUGCAGAUCUUCUCCAAGUCAUUAAGGUUUCGAGGCUGACGUUUGGCAACUCGAACCUUCAGCUCCCUCCACAGAUUUUCUAUGGGAUUAAGGUCUGGAGACUGGCUAGGCCACUCCAGGACCUUAAUGUGCUUCUUCUUGAGCCACUCCUUUGUUGCCUUGGCUGUGUACUUUGGGUCAUUGUCAUGCUGGAAUACCCAUCCAUGACCCAUUUUCAAUGCCCUGGUUGAGGGAAGGAGGUUCUCACCCAAGAUUUGACUGUACAUGGCCCCGUCCAUCGUCCCUUUCAUGCGGUGAAGUUGUCCUGUCCCCUUAGCAGAAAAACACCCCCAAAGCAUUAAGUUUCCACCUCCAUGUUUGACUGUGGGGAUGGUGUUCUUAGGGUCAUAGGCAGCAUUCCUCCUCCUCCAAACAUGGCGAGUUGAGUUGAUGCCAAAGAGAUCAAUUUUGGUCUCAUCUGACCACAACGCUUUCAUCCAGUUCUCCUCUGAAUCAUUCAGAUGUUCAUUGGCAAACUUCAGACGGGCCUGUAUAUGUGCUUUCUUGAGCAGGGGGACCUUGCGGGCGCUGCAGGACUUCAGUCCUUCACGGCGUAGUGUGUUACCAAUUGUUUUCUUGGUGACUAUGGUCCCAGCUGCCUUGUGAUCAUUGACAAGAUCCUCCCGUGUAGUUCUGGGCUGAUUCCUCACCGUUCUCAUGAGCAUUGCAACUCCACGAGGUGAGAUCUUGCAUGGAGCCCCAUGCCGAGGGAGAUUGACAGUUAUUUUGUGUUUCUUCCAUUUGCGAAUAAUCGCACCAACUGUUGUCACCUUCUCACCAAGCUGCAUGGUGAUGGUCUUGUAGCCCAUUCCAGCCUUGUGUAGGUCUACAAUCUUGUCCCUGACAUCCUUGGAGAGCUCUUUGGUCUUGGCCAUGGUGGAGAGUUUGGAAUCUGAUUGAUUGAUUGGUUCUGUGGACAGGUGUCUUUUAUACAGGUAACAAGCUGAGAUUAGGAGCACUCCCUUUACGAGUGUGCUCCUAAUCUCAGCUCGUUACCUGUAUAAAAGACACCUGGGAGCCAGAAAUCUUUCUGAUUGAGAGGGGGUCAAAUACUUAUUUCCCUCAUUAAAAUGCAAAAUCAAUUUAUGACAUUUUUGAUAUGCGUUUUUCUGGAAUUUUUUUGUUGUUAUUCUGUCUCUCACUGUUCAAAUAAACCUACCAUUAAAAUUAUAGACUGAUCAUUUCUUUGUCAGUGGGCAAACGUACAAAAUCAGCAGGGGAUCAAAUACUUUUUUCCCUCACUCAAAAAAAUUAAGGGAACACUAAAAUAACACCUCCUAGAUCUGAAUGAAUGAAAUAAUCUUAUUAAAUACUUUUUUCUUUACAUAGUUGAAUGUGCUGACAACAAAAUCACACAAUAAUUAUCAAUGGAAAUCAAAUUUAUCAACCCAUGGAGGUCUGGAUUUGGAGUCACCCUCACAAUUCAAGUGGAAAACCACACUACAGGCUGAUCCAACUUUGAUGUAAUGUCCUUAAAACAAGUCAAAAUGAGGCUCAGUAGUGUGUGGCCUCCACGUGCCUCCCUACAACGCCUGGGCAUGCUCCUGAUGAGGUGGCAGAUGGUCUCCUGAGGGAUCUCCUCCCAGACCUGGACUAAAGCAUCCGCCAACUCCUGGACCGUCUGUGGUGCAACGUGGCGUUGGUGGAUGGAGCGAGACAUGAUGUCCCAGAUUUGCUCAAUUGGAUUCAGGGCUGGGGAACGGGCGGGCCAGUCCAUAGCAUCAAUGCCUUCCUCUUGCAGGAACUGCUGACACACUCCAGCCAGUCAAUACUUUGUAGAGCCACCUUUUGCAGCAAUUAUAGCUGCAAGUCUCCGCUGAAGGAUUUCAAUGGCUGAAAAAUCCCUGGAUAGCAAUCAAUAUCAUAAUUACUAACUACCAAUCAUAAAUAAAACAAUCGUCGAAAUAAGCCCUAUAAUAAAUAAGGAAACCUUAAGUGUCUUACAUGCCCAGCAUAGUUGGCAUGCGUGUGUGUCUUGGUGUUUAUGUUGUUAACUCUUUCUCCAUGUGUUACAGUGAUAAGGACAUCAGAGUUGAUGUAGCACGGCAGAGAGAGAUGAAAUGGCUGGACAUGUUCAACAAUUGGGACAAAUGGGUCUCAAGACGCUUCCAAAAGGUACUUACCUACAUCUGUCUAUGUAUGGUAUGAAUGGUGUAUCUGUGUAUAAAUGUGUAUGUCAUAACAUAACAAGUGUGUGUGUUUGUUCCAGGUGAAGUUGCGCUGUAGGAAGGGGAUCCCCUCCUCUCUCAGGGCUAAAGCCUGGCAGCUGCUCUCCAACAGCAAGGAGCUCCUGGACUCCAACCCCGGCAAGUUUGAGGUACUGCCGCUAACCCACACCCUUUCUCUCUUCAUACUUUCACUAUGCGAAACAUGUCUAUUGUGAAGCACACACUCAAAGACAAACUCUGUCUAUGUACUCUUCACCCAUUCAAAUCUGAGGCCAUCAUUCCUACAACCUCUAUUUACGGUCAUUGUAGUCAAAAUGUCAUUGUAAUCAAAAUAACAGAUUUGAAUACAGAAGUUCUUCAGUGAACUCUAGGUAGUUCAAACUAACUGGAACAGAAGUUCAUGCGAUGGGAAGGAGCUGUGGCUCGUUAGACCAAUUAGAGCUCCAGGGGUGUUUAUUAGGGGGUGCAGAGACCUCCCCAGCUCUAAGCCUCUUAUCCUGGGCAGUGUUCCAGCCUGGCUGGGGGUCUACCUUCACAGGCCUGGGGGUCUGGACAGAUCAUAUCAGAUAACCUUUUUUCCUUCCCUUUCUCUGCUUUCACUCUGACACAGACAUGCUUUUUUAAAGGUCUAGUUAUACUCAGUCCUGUUCCAUAUUAUGCUGAUCCAUCUAGAUAUGUGCUUUACCAUUGCUCAUUUAGAAAUGCUCUAAACUUGUAUUUCUCUCUUAAUCUCUAGGAGUUAGAGAGAGAGCAGGGAGACCCUAAAUGGUUGGACAUUAUAGAGAAGGACCUGCAUAGACAGUUCCCCUUCCAUGAGAUGUUUGCUGCUCGUGGUGGACACGGGUAACUGGCCAUGCUGUAUUGACGUAUAAUAUCAUUUGUUCAGUCCAUGUAGAGUACACUGACAUGUACAAUAAAAACAUACUUUAUGAGUGCAUGUGUGCUAACUCUCUGUUCUCUUCUGGUGCGGCCUCCAGGCAGCAGGAUCUGUACCGGGUACUGAAGGCCUACACAGUGUACAGGCCUGAAGAGGGCUACUGCCAGGCCCAGGCCCCGGUGGCUGCUGUCCUGCUCAUGCACAUGCCUGCUGAGGUGAGGGGCUGCUGGGGGACACACAGAGAGAGGGAGGGGGACUGUGGAGGAGACUAGGAAUGGGAACAAUGUUUGAGAAUUAAUAAGUAGGGGGAUGAGGCCAGGUGUUUAUAAUGUGGUAUAAUGUGUUUAUUCCCAACUUGCAGCAUGCCUUCUGGUGUCUGGUGCAGAUAUGUGAGACGUACCUGCCUGGUUACUAUAGCGCUGGAUUGGUGAGUAAAUGAAUAAACACACAUUUGUUCUUUGGUGUACAUUGAGACGACUCAUCAUUCUUUUAGGAAGCGAUCCAGUUGGAUGGAGAGAUUUUCUUCUCUCUGCUACGUCGUGUCUGUCCCAUGGCCUACCGUCACCUGAAGAAGUUUAAGAUAGACCCCAUUCUCUACAUGACAGAGUGGUUCAUGUGUGUCUUCUCACGCACCCUGCCAUGGGCCAGUGUGCUACGUGUGUGGGACAUGUUCUUCUGUGAGGGUAAGACACACUCACACACAAACACACAGUGCACUUGAUGCUGUGGCUAACUAUUAGCUAACUCUGGGUUGUUUUGUAGGAGUCAAGAUAGUGUUCCGUGUGGGCCUCGUGCUGCUCAAGCAGAUGCUUGGCUCGGUGGAUAAACUGCGGGAGGUCCAGGGCAUGUACGAAACCAUGGAGCGCCUCAGGAACAUCCCCCCUGAGUCUGUCAGAGAGGACCUACUGGUGCAGGAGGUGAGCCUGUAAACAGUGUGUGUACACAGACAUACGCACACACAUACACGUGUUCUCUAAACAUACUCCUAUUCUGACUCAUUGACACGAGUCAAAUGAGUCAACUGACGUUUCGCUGUCUGUAGUGUCUAGAUCUGGUUUGAUGACUUCCUCUGUCUGUCUCUGUGUAGGUGGUGUCCCUGGCGGUGACUGAGGCUCUGAUCGAGAGGGAGUGCAGUAAUCAGGUAAGGAAGUGGAGGGAGUCCAGGGGGGAACUAAGCCACCAGCCUGUCCGAAGGCUCCACGGGACGCGGGACAUCCACGAGCACAAGCGUCGGGCCUCCGCCAUCAGCUCCGGGGGAAGCUUCUCCUUCCUGGGGUCCAUCCCCCCUCCAGGGCCCCUCAGGGCCUCCUCCAGCCUGCUCUCCCUCCCUGGCUUCCGCAAGUCCAAAACCCCCUUCCGCUCUCACAAGAAGGGCUCCUUCUCUGGGGCCUCUGGGAUGGAGGCCAUGCAGCUACAGAACCCCUCAGCUGCAGCUUCAAGCCCACCCCGAGGCCCCGCCCACAAACCACCCAUGUCUGGUGGCUCUGUAGCUAGGGCCCCGGCCUCUCAGAGUCCUCUGGUUGGGUCUGGUCCAGGCCCCUCUUCUGGCACUGCCCAGACCUCAGCACAGAACCAGCCUGGUGCAUCAGCCCCAGCCCCGGUACACCAUACACCACCCAACACCCUCUCUCCCAAAGUCACCUCUGAGCAGAUCACACCCACCAUCCCCUCACCCACUGCCAACAACACCCCUCUGCCCCCAUUCCCAGACGGAGGGAGAGGAGGAGGAGGAGGAGGUGGAGCAGUUACAGGAGGAGAGGAAGAUAGGAAGAAGAAGAGGAGCAAGGAGGACAAGAAGAAAGAGAAGGAGGAGGAGAAGAGGAAAGAGAAGGAGAAGAAGGAGAAGGAAAAAGCAGACAAGGAGAGCCAGAAGAAGGAGAAGGAGAAGGAGCGGACCGAGAAAGAGAAGAAAAAGGAGAAAGGGGUGAAGAAAAAGGAGAAAGGGGGAGGAGAGGCGGAGGAGAAGAGUGGAGCCACAGCACCAAGAGAUUGGGCCUAG